AUUUAGCUAAAACCCCAAAGAAGGUUCAAGCAGGGUUUAAGGCGGCCACUAUAGCAUGCCCUCGCCUCUAUGAAUUCAAUUAUUUUCUCGAAUUCCAUUACCAAUACAUUUCAAUUCAUCUCUCAAUCACUUCAAUUCCAAUUUUUUUUCCAUUUCCUUGAAAAUUCAUAACAUAAAAAUUUGAUGUCCAGUGCCAACCCCCAUAUAUUCUCUACCAAAAAAAUUGAUCCUUUGAUUGCUUUUGAUAAGAAACCCUCAAUUCUAUCCCUAAUCAAUUCAAAACCAUCCACAGUUAUGUGGAGAAACGUUGCAAAACAAGCCAUUUUGAAACCCCAAUCAAAGUCUCUCAAUUUCCCUUCAUUUCCAAGAACUCACAGCUUUUUAGGAGCCCCUCAAGAACCCAUCUUUUUUGAGAAAUCCAAGUUCCAUUCAGUUAAUAACUCAAGUCCACAGCUGGGUUUCCGCCGAAUUGGCGAAAUAUCAACCCAUGAGGAUUAUAUGGGAAAACCUAGUUUUGGUUUUUUGAGAAAUGGUGAUAGUAGUAAUGGGAAUCUGUGUAGUGGGUUGUGUCCAAGAGGAUAUGAGAGUGUAGCUGAGGCAGUGUCAUCAACAGACGUUGAAGAUAAUGUGGUUGUUGAUGAGGAAUUGCAAGAAUUGUUGCAAGAAACGAGGAAAGAAGAGGAGAAAGAGAAGGACUUUAGGAGGAGAAGGAGGCUACAUGCUAACCGUGGAAUGGGGUCAGGGAAGUAUAAGGCCUUACGGAGAAGGCAAGUGAAGAUUGAGGCUGAAGCAUGGGAACAGGCAGCGAAAGAAUAUAAGGAACUUCUAAAGGAUAUGUGUGAGCAUAAGUUGGCUCCUAAUUUGCCAUAUAUGAAGGGUUUGUUUCUUGGUUGGUUUGAGCCUUUGAGAGAUGCAAUUGCGAAAGAGCAGGAGUCGAUUAGAAGGGGGAAGACCAGACCGGAUUAUGCUCCGUUUUUUGAUCUGUUGCCAGCUGAUAUGAUGUCUGUUAUUACUAUGCAUAAGCUCACAGCAAUGGUGAUGAUAGGUGGGGAACAUGGAUGUGCAAGAGUUGUGGCUGCUGCUUGUAUGAUUGGUGAUGCAAUUGAGCAGGAGAUUAGGAUACACAAUUUCUUGGAGAAAACAAAGAAGAAAAAGGAAAACGCUGAUAAUAGCAAGAAUAGUGUAGAAGGUGAAUCCCCUGCUGUCAUGAACGAAGAAGAGAAGUUAAGAAAAAAGGUUACUGAUUUGAUUAAAAAACAAAAGCUGCCAGCAGUGAGGAAGAUUGUGAAGGGGCACGAUGAUUCAAAAUCAUGGAGCACAGAUGCUAAGGCCAAGGUCGGCAGCCGUCUAAUUGAAUUGCUGUUACAAACAGCUUAUAUACAGCCUCCUCCUGAUCAGUUAGCUGAUAGUCCACCUGAUCUUCGACCUGCAUUUGUUCACACGUUCAGAACUGUGUCAUAUGAAAAUAAGAAGACUUCCAGAAAAUAUGGUGUUAUUCAAUGUGACUCGCUAGUCCUCAAAGGCCUUGAGCAAACUGAUAGGCACAUAGUGAUUCCUUAUAUGCCAAUGUUGGUGCCACCGCUUCGAUGGAGAGGUUAUGAUAAAGGUGCACACCUGUUCUUACCAUCCUAUGUCAUGCGGAUACAUGGUGCUAAACAGCAACGUGAAGCAGUUAAGAGGACACCUAAGAAGCAGCUACAGCUAGUUUUUGAGGCCCUGGAUACAUUAGGAAAUACCAAAUGGAGGGUAAAUAAGAGGGUACUUAGUGUUGUUGAUAGAAUAUGGAAUAAUGGAGGUCGUCUUGCUGAUUUGGUAGACCGCAGUGAUGUUCCUUUACCUGAGAAGCCGGAAACAGAAGAUGAAGCACUGCUAAAGAAGUGGAAGUGGAAAGUCAAAAGUGUGAAAAAAGAGAACAGGGAAAGACAUUCACGGCGUUGCGACACAGAACUUAAAAUUGCUGUAGCACGGAAGAUGAAAAAUGAAGAAGGUUUCUAUUAUCCACACAAUCUUGACUUUCGUGGCCGUGCCUACCCCAUGCACCCAUAUUUAAACCAUCUCGGCUCAGAUCUGUGCCGGGGGAUUUUGGAGUUUGCAGAGGGACGCCCUCUUGGAAAGUCAGGCUUACGCUGGCUGAAGAUACACCUUGCAAAUCUGUUUGCUUGUGGUGUAGACAAGUUAUCCCAUGAGGGACGAAUAGCUUUUGCUGAGACUCACCUUGAUGAUAUAUUUGAUUCUGCGGACAAACCACUUGAAGGAAAGCGUUGGUGGUUGCAUGCAGAAGAUCCGUUUCAGUGCUUGGCUGCGUGCAUUAACCUCACUGAAGCUUUGAGAAGCUCCUCUCCAGAAACAUGCCUUUCACAUAUUCCUAUUCAUCAGGAUGGUUCCUGCAAUGGUCUGCAACACUAUGCUGCACUUGGAAGAGACAAGUUGGGAGCAGCUGCUGUUAAUCUAGUUGCUGGAGAGAAGCCCACAGAUGUCUACUCAGGAAUAGCUGCUAGAGUACUUGACAUCAUGCGGAGGGAUGCACAGGAAGAUCCAGAAGUUUUUCCUGACGCUUUGCGUGCAAGAAUAUUAAUCAGUCAGGUGGAUAGGAAAUUGGUGAAGCAGACAGUGAUGACAUCUGUGUAUGGUGUGACUUACAUUGGUGCUAGAGACCAAAUCAAAAGGAGGUUAAAGGAACGUGGUCUCACAGACAAUUCAGAGAUCUUCGGUUGUUCUUGCUAUGCUGCAAAGGUGACCUUAACUGCCUUAGGAGAGAUGUUUGAAGCCGCACGAAGUAUCAUGAACUGGCUUGGGGAAUGUGCAAAGAUUAUUGCAUCUGAAAAUGAGCCAGUGCGAUGGACAACUCCACUAGGACUUCCUGUUGUACAACCUUACCGGAAAUUAGGGAAGCAUGUUAUCAAAACCUCCCUACAGUUUUUAACACUACAAAAGGAAACUGACACGGUUAUGGUCAAACGACAGAGAACAGCUUUCCCACCAAAUUUUGUUCAUUCCCUUGAUGGAACCCAUAUGAUGAUGACUGCAGUUGCCUGCAAAAGGGCAGGCUUAAAAUUUGCAGGAGUUCACGAUUCAUAUUGGACGCAUGCAUGUGAUGUGGAUGAAAUGAACAGGAUACUGAGGGAAAAGUUUGUUGAACUCUAUGAAACACCUAUAUUAAAAAGUUUGUUGGAGAGCUUCGAAAAGUCCUUUCCUACACUGUCUUUUCCGCCUUUGCCUGAAUGGGGAGACUUUGAGUUGAGGCAAGUGUUGGAAUCACCUUAUUUCUUCAACUGAUUCAGUGCAACGGGUCCUCUCAUUGCUACACUAACAUGACACCAAUCUUUAAUGGGUGUCAUUCAUUCUUUGUUUCUUGUCAAGCAUGAUUAUGGAAAGGUGUGAUCUAAUGAAAACUUCCUGCAAGAGACUAGCCUCACUAUUGUAUAUAAUAUCUUGAAAGAGGUCAUCAAGCAUGGGAGAUCUUCGUUCAGUCUCAUUUUCAUUGACUCAGCUCUGAAUGCUGUUGUAUAGCAAGCACAGAUAUUUUGUGGUGGGUAUAUGCUUCUCUGGGGUUCUUGCAUUGAACAAAGAGUGAACGAAGAGAUAGCAAGAUUGUAGGGGCUUAUGACAAGGUGGGGCUUCAUUGAUUUUUGAGAAUGAUGCAGAGCUUCGUGAUUUUGAAACAUCCCUCGACUCCAGGAAUGGAGAGAGAGAGAGAGAGAGAGUAUGACGGCUCAUGGUUAUGUGCUACGAAAUGCUGGAUGCAUAUGUUUCUGCCUUAACGGAUUGGUAUGUUAUUAUUCCGCCAUUGAUCCUUGUCACCCACACUGAAAAUGUAAUGUGAAUAAUAAUAUUAUUGUGUAGUUUCUAUGUAAUGGUUGGCAACUUGGGAUGAAAGGGUUUUUUGACCAGCGAAAAACUGGCUUUCGGGUGUACAGAAAUGAAGCAGAGGCACGAGAAAUAUUUCAACAAAAAACCAGGGUGGUUUUGUAAACCACCAUUUGAUGCCCUUAAAGUUCAUUCGUUGAAAGUUAGUCAAUUUAUGAUUCAAAUGAAAUCUAUGCUCCAUUCAUACCA